GUGUGUGUGUGUGUGUGUGUGUGUUUUACCCAGAAUUCCUGUGUUUGUUAAUCUUCCGGGUCCGUAUAGAUUAUUAUAUUAAUCUCAUAAUCUCUCUUUCGCUUUAUGGAAUAAACUUUAAGUGGCGGGUCUGGUCCUCGUAUGUUUCUACGGGACACAAACACUUUAAACAGCCUGCCGCCGCCGCUGCGUGAAACAUGGAGGAUCAGGCCCGAGCUCAGAGGAAACUGUCAACAGCAGGGCAGAGCUUGUACCAGGUGCUGGGCCUGGAGAAAGGAGCGACCCCCGACGAAAUAAAAAGGGCCUACAGGAAAUUAGCAUUGAGGCAUCACCCCGAUAAAAACCCAAAUAACCCAGAGGCUGCUGAGAAAUUCAAGGAGAUCAACAAUGCUAACUCUAUCCUCAGCGAUGAGAAUAAACGUAAAGUCUACGAUGAGUACGGAUCCUUUGGCCUGUAUGCAGCCGAGCAGUUUGGUGAAGAGGGAGUCAAAUAUUAUUUCCUAGCAUCCAAAUGCUGGUUCAAGGCUCUUUUUGUGUGCUGCGCUAUUUUCACCUGCUGCUGCUGUUUCUGCUGCUGCUGUUUCUGCUGUGGAAAGUGCAAAAAUGCAGAGGAUGAGGAACCCUUUGCUUACAUGGACCCUGAGGAUCUGGAGGAUGCCCGAGACCAGGAAGCAGCAGACCAUGUAAUAGUUACAGAGCCGAGUCCUGCUGAGGCUUCAGGCCAGAAUGAACCAAUUGUGAUCCAGCCUCAUGCAGCCAAAGGGACCUCAGGCUCCGGAGAGGAAAACACAACGCCGUCGGCUGAAGAGUGACCAAAUGAGUACAUGAGUGAGUCUGGAUCGGGACGAGGCUGGUCAGAUGUUAAAGAUCCAAGUUCAGGACUUCAUCAGCAGCUGAUUCAUGUGGGAUUCAUUCAUGAGAACAUCUGUGUUUGAGCAUCUUUUAUUAUUAUGAUGUUCACACAGAAAACGUGUUUUUUACUGGUCCCACCAGGUUUUGUUUAACCCAACAACUUGCCUUUGUUGUAAAAUAUAGAUAAUUUGGGUAUUUGGGAAGCAUGGUACAGUCGAGAGCCACGUGGAUCAAAGCCACUGAACUGAGUAGAUGUUUGUCUUUGUGCACUUUAAACUCACAUGUUAGUAUUGAAGGUUCAAAAGUUGCCACUCUGGUUUGAGAACAUCUUGGUCUAGGAGUCAUAAAUAUUUAUUUAUAACGAUCCAGGUUCAAAUUAUUUCUGACUAAUUAUGUUGUUCUUUGGGGCUCACAGUGCAAUACUGUAGAUUUAAAGGUGCCAGAUCUUGGAAAAUCCAUGUGAUGUUAUUUCUUCAUGAAAAAUACCCCCAAACCCAUUUUUGGCAGACAAAGGACUUCUGCGUUGGGGACAAAACAUCACCAUAAAAACCAAAGUCCUGUCCAUAAAGACGUGCGUAACAGCCAGCACAGGACAUGUUAUUAGUGACUAAACCUAUGUAAUAGGUUUGGUGGGUUAGUGGAUAGAGCACCUGUCAUGCAUGCUGUUUUGCUAUGACCUCACACCGGUGUCGGUACCAGAUCUGCUUGGGCAGCCAGAUCGGCUCGGGGUCCUGCGUCUGCACGUCACAGUAGACGACUGGCUGAACGUAAGACUUACGGAAGUUACGAUACCACGUUCGUAAAACUUACGUUAGCACGUUGACGAUGAUUUUGUUUGGUCAUAACAAAUUUACGGUUGUAGUCUUAGCGGUUGUAGUCCUGUAGUCCAAAAAUCAACACUUUUUGGGAGAAAAUAUGUUUGAAUUUCCAAAGGAAAUGUAAAAUAAAAGCAAAGAUAUCAACUGAUAAACGGUGACCCUCAAAAGCUCUUGGUUUUGAUGAAAUGGGGCAAAAUAAAACAUAAGAACUUUAUUGAAAAGACAGCAAGCAACAUUUUGAAUGAAUGAAUGUAUUUCCAUAACAGCUAAAGACAUAUACAGACGAAUUCCACUUUAAUACAAACAGAUAUGCUUCACAUAUAAGAACUGUUGUGUUUUUUGGCAGUCUGGUGUUGGUUUUAUGUAGUUUCACAUUCGUUACAAAACAUAGAUAAUAUGGUGGUUUAUUAACAAAUUACAAUUAUGAAGAAAACAUUUAAGUGUUAAUAGACAAGAAUUUAUUAACAAAACUGCUGACGUCUUUUCAAAACUAAAUGUGAAAGCCGAGUGGAAUGGCCGUAAUGUGACAUCAUCAGCAGGCGCAGGACCAUGAGCCGAUCUGGUACCGACACCGGUUUGAAUCCUGGGCUCAGCAGUAAUUUAUUUUGUUAUUUUUAGCUACACUUGCCAUUAUUAUGUUUUCAACUCUUUAUUGGUAAACUGUGAAAUAUAAGGAAUCUAUAUAUAUAUAUUUUUUACUUGUUUAUUUAGCUAGCUGCAGUCCAUGUGAGUCCAUGUGAGGUGAGCAGAGCAGACCAUUGGGACUUCGGUGUCCCGUCCAGAGCAUUGCAACUAAAAUGCUGCAUGGAAAUGACCAAAUUCAAAGAUCGUUUGAGACACAAAAUAUUUUGCAGAAAAUAAACAUGAAAUCUGGUUCAGCUACUGCUUAGUCUGGGAGUCGAACCCGUGGCAAGACAUGGCAAAACAAAAUGAAAGGCAGACACUUUAUCCACUAGACCACCAAGCCCAAUACAACAAUAGAAUUUCCUAUGAUGCAGCAGCCAGUUGCACACGCGUUUUGUUGGAGCAGCCGUGGGCGGAGUGCUGGUGCCAUUUCCAAGGACGCUUUACUCUCAUUUAUUACUUUGUUGUGGCCCGUGAUGCUUCGUGGGUUAUAUAAUGAAUGUGUGGAGCUCAGGCUGCUGGGGGUGUGGUUGACUGAAACGGACAGUUUCAUUUCCCUCAGUAGUGCCAACAGUAAGAUUUUAUUACUUACUGUGCCUACCUUUGCUCUCAGAGGUUUAAAAUUGCAUGGACUGGCUCCUUUAAGAUAAACCUCACUGCUGGGUUUUGUAUUGAUACUAGUUAUUUUAAGUCACCUUUUGAAUUAAUGCUUUACUUGCUUUUAAUUGGUUUUUGUUUAUUUCACUUAUUCUUUAACGGGUUAUAGAGAUUUUAAAGUUUAUGAAAUUAGCAUAGAGAUUAUUCUUUGGUUGUGGCUCAGCAACCUCCUACGUGCUUUGUACAGAUUAGUGUAGUGGCCUUGAACGCUGCAUUUGGGCUGGUCUUAUCUCAGGAAGAAGCUGGCACGUCCUUGUCUCCUCCAGCGGGAGUCCAAGGAUGCUUAGUGUGGGAUGGAGGGAUUAAAAUGGGGCUAUAAUCAGGAACGAGAAGCUUAUGUAUUUUUUUUAACAUUAAACAAGAAGCCGACCUAAUCGUGUGCAUUUGUGAGGCGGCCAUCUUUCUGCUAAUCUGACCAGCUCCACAUGGAGGCAGCACACAGAUAAGUGGUAUCUGUUAAACAGCAGAGCAGUUUCUAGUGUUUAAGCUCACUGGAUGUGAGGCCGAACAUCCAUCUGGUGCUAAUAACGCCUGUUCAUGCAUUAACACUGGCCGUCGGUUUUUACAGAUUUCUGCUGAUGGGAUCCAGAUGCACCAAAAACAUCUUUAUUGUAAUUUUACUGGUAAAUGUUUUGUAUGUAGAUUUUCAGUUUUUUCAUGAUUUUAAUCUGGUUUUAUGUAUAUUUGAUUUUCUUGCGUUGUUCGAAUGUAUUCUGAACAAAUCUGUAAUUGUAAUGUUUGUAUUUAGACCAUUUGCCCUGUGAUGGACUGGCACUUUGUCGAGGGUGUACCCUACCUGAUUGCCCAUUGACCGCUGGAGAUAGGCACCAGCCCCCCCGCGACCCUACAUGGACAAGCGGGUUCAGACAAUGGAUGUAUGUAUGAAUGGAUUUAGACCAUUUUAGCAUUUCAUGUAUUUAAUAAGUGCCACAUGUUCUACGUGCCAAAAGUUUUAAUGGGCAAUUAUUAUGUGGGUGUGUCCCUGUUACGUCCCCGACAAGUUAUGUUAAAAUGUGAAGGAGGGGGUUGUCGUCGUCUUCCUCCUCUUAUCCGGGUCCGGGUCGCGGGGGCAGCAUCCCAACUAGGGAGCUCCAGACUGUCCUCUCCCCAGCCACCUCCACCAGCUCCUCCGGCAGGACCCCAAGGCGUUCCCGGAACAGAUUGGAGAUGUAACCUCUCCAACGUGUCCUGGGUCGACCCAGGGACCUCCUGCCGGCAGGACAUGCCCGAAACACCUCCCCAGGGAGGCGUCCAGGAGGCAUCCUGACCAGAUGCCCAAACCACCUCAACUGAUUCCUUUCGAUCCGGAGGAGCAGCGGUUCUAAAAAUUCUCAAAAAGGUUAACAUCACACAAAUUACCAACUAUAAAAACACCUGGUAAAAACUUAUAUUAAAAGCUUUACCGAACCGAAGGUGUUUAAAACCAAAUUCAAUAAAAUUGUCACCAAGUUAACCUUCAACACAAUCCCUCUGGAUCACUCAGAGUUAAAACUACCAAAGUUAAAACUCAUCACAACGAAGGGGUUAAACCAAAACGAGACCUGGAGGACAGCAGAACCCCUGCACUGCUGCCUUCCAGACUGCUGAAGGCACAGCCUUUUUAUCCAGGUGUUGGUAAUCAGCAGGACUCAGCUCAGCUGUGCUCCUCAGCAGCCUGGAAGAGAGGAGGAGGUGGGGCGGUGUCAGGCUGAUCGCCCAUGUGAUCACCGGGGCUGGGCGAUCCUGGCUCCUGAAUCUCACCGGCCAGGCUGGUAGCCGUAACAGUCCCGUUUUAUCUAGAAUCUAAGAAUACUAGAUUUCAAAUUUUUUUUAUUUUAUUCAACAUUCCCAAAAUUUUCCUGCUGUUUUAAAUGUAAUAAAAUGAUUCAUGUGGAACCAAAGCAGCGAUCGUGGUUUUGUGAUGUAAUAAACACUGGUGAAAAUAUCCAGACCUUGUUGCCACCGGCUCCUGCAGCCUCCCCUCUGACAGAUAACAUCAGGGUUACAGCAGGUGGGUUUCCAGACAGCAUGAGAAUCCCGAUUAAACGUAUUACGGCUUAUAGGGAUACUACGCAACUUUUUCAUAAUUUCAAAUAGUUUUCUUGAGCCAACAUGUGCUAAAAUGACCCUUUACAGGGUGAAAUGUCGGAAUACUGUGGCCAGAAUUCUGCAAUUGCAACUUCAGAGUGCUGUUACCUAGCACUGCAGCAUGUUUUCUGCAUGUUUUCGAACAUGAGAACAGCUGAUUUGUUUUUAGUGAUGAACCGCUCCUCUAGAAACCAAUGAAGACUGAGGAGACAUUUCAGCUGUUAGAUUUAGGUGGUAAAAAGACGAAGACACAAGGAGGUAAGUUUUACUUUUGCUUUGACUACAGAUCAUUAAUAACUUGACACUAGGGGUGCUAAAAGCAAGCAAAACUACCUAGUAUCCCUUUAACGUAUGGAUUCGGAGAAACGACUCAGACGUAUCUAGAGCCUCUGAUGAUGCGUUUGAUUCUUAUUUAGAUGUUUGAUUGUAGAUUUCGUUUUUGUUGGGAGCGGUCCAGUGGGGGAAAGGUGAAGAUGUGGAUGAUCCAUGUCGGAGUGGAUAGAAUUCAGAACGUGCUGGAAAAAGACUAAAUAGAGACAGAUCAAUCGCUGUGGCGACCCCAAAGAGAAAGAAGAUCCUUAAGUUGGUCAUGAAGGUGGCAGAUCCAGGAGGGAAUGACAGAACAAAGCUAACUUGCUUGUUUUCCACGGACCAGAGGUAGGACUAAUCCAGAGUAAUAAAAAAUGGCUAAAAUAGAUCUUUAAAACAGAAGAGCACUUCUAAUCCUAAACACCUAGAACCA